UUAAAAACAGUUGAUCACGAUUCUGGCACUGAGUCUGACGACGAGCACAGUCCAGAUAGAGAACCAAAAAGUACAAGACCUGGUGUACCUAAAUCUUCCCAAUUAAUGGAGAAUAUUGGGAGUGAAGAUAUGGUUGGUGGUGAUAUGGAACCCACAAGAUCUUCUAGUAGUGGCCGCAGCAGUGUUGCAACUCCUGGUCCUUCUCCAUAUUUUUUAGACUCUGCUUUACCUAGUGAUUGUGAUCAUCAUAGUUCUGAGGAAGAAUUAGAAGUCAUAAAUAGUAAUCCUGAAGGAUUACUACAAGUUGAACUUCCUACACCUGAUCCAGAUGAAGCAAAUUCUUGUGGUGUUCCUGAAAACUCUGUAGCAUCUUUAGCUCGUAAACGUUGUCGAUCUGCCAGUGAAGCUGGUUGUGGAAACACAAUAGCUGUUAGUUGGUCAGGUUCAUCAGAUGAUGAAGUACAAGGACUUAUGUCAACUAGACCAACUCCACUAAAAUUUUGUGCAUCUCCUCCAUCUCAUGUGCACAAACCUGGGAAAUGUACUGUAUCCUCUUCACCACCUUUAAAAUUGGUACAUUUGUCACCUAGGCAGUCUGUAUCUCUGCCAAAUACUUCACCUCGUAAACGUCACAGACAAAGGCAUCAUCCUACUCGUAAUGUACAGAGACCAUGUUUAGACUUCGAAAAAAUGCAACAGCUUAAAUCGUUGUCAGCAACUUCAUGGAGGCAUACCAGUAAGGACCACAGUGGUGAAUUAUCAGUGUAUUGUUGGUGAUUCCAUAAGAUAAAAUUUUACUGUUGUUUAUAUAUUUUUCCUUCUUUUUCAAUUUUUAUUUUUAUCUAGAAAGGCUGUAAUAAUAAUGUUUAAAUUGUUAAGUUCGCCAUAACUUACUAUUUUUGGCCAAUUUGUUUAUUUGGUUUGUACCACAUGUUAUGAAUUUAACAAUACCCUCUACAUCACAAUCGAAAUGUGGUAAGUGGUUCUUUCAGGACCUCAUCUAACAUAAUAAAUUAAAAUUAAGAUUUUAAUUUAAAUAAAACGGAUUUUUUUCCCCGUUUGAACAGACGCCAACAAGGGAAUGGGUUGUCCCAGUACUUUCCCAUAAAUUAAACUGAUCUAGUUCAUUGAAUUAUUUUAUAUAUGUUUUUAUUAUUAUUUGUGCUUUGUGCUUUGCUAGUCUGUAAAAUUCACCAACAAAAGAAGACCAAUUCUCAUGUGUUUGUAUUCUUAUUCCUUAAAAUUUUUGUCUCAUUAACUUUUUUUUAUUAUUAUUUAGUCAUUUAAUACCUACUUAUAUAUGUUAACACGUACAAUUGUGUUUAAUUUAAGUGAAUUAUAGUUAGAUAAUAUAAUUUA